GGACCAUGGAUUAUACUCGAGUGGUGGUAACGUGGUAAGGGAACCCAGCCCCACAAGUAUAACAGCCGACUUAUUGUUAAGUGAGUUUAACCAGUGAGUUUAGCAUAGUUCAACGGGACGCCACCUACGAGGUAUAAAAAUUCGGGAAGUAGACCAAGGAGUAGACAAGAGAGCGAGAGAAAUUCGUGUCACGUGACUGGUCAGUUGUGCAGAAGACAUGGCGGACAAAGAGGAGGCUGAGAAGACAAUCGCUGAGGACUUGGUUGUCACCAAGUAUAAGAUGGCUGGUGAUAUAGUAAAUCGAGUCCUGAAGCAGGUCUUGGACAAAUGUGUCGUUGGCACAUCAGUAAGAUAUAUUUGCGAGCUAGGCGAUAAGCUGUUAAUAGAAGAGACAGGCAAGGUUUUCAAGAAAGAGAAAGAGUUGAAAAAGGGUAUAGCUUUUCCAACAUGUGUCUCAGUGAACAACUGCAUUUGCCAUUUCUCCCCUGUACCCAGUGAACCUGAUCAGAUUCUGAAGGAAGAUGACAUGGUCAAAGUAGACCUUGGUGCUCAUGUAGAUGGGUUUAUCGCCGUGGUGGCGCAUACCAUUGUAAUUGGUUCAACGGUGGACAAAAAAGUAACCGGUAGAAAAGCUGAUGUUGUGCUAGCUGCACACUAUGCUUCUCAAGCUGCGUUACGACUUCUUAAACCAGGCACCGAGACCUACACCAUCACAGGGACCGUAGAGAAAAUUUGUGGCGCCUACAAGUGUAAGCCAAUUGAGGGAAUGCUUAGUCAUCAAUUGAAACAGUUUAAAAUCGAUGGCGAGAAGACCAUCAUCCAAAAUCCCAAUGAUGCACAGAAAAAAGAACAUGAAAAAUUCACUCUUGAGACUCAUGAGGUAUACGCGAUAGAUGUGCUAGUAAGUACAGGUGAUGGAGUUGGACGAGAGCAAGAUACUAGAGUGACGAUAUACAAGAAAACAGAAGAAACUUAUCAACUUAAACUCAAAGCGUCUCGUAUGUUUUACUCGGAGUUAUCGCAUAAGCAUGGACUCAUGCCCUUCAAUUUGCGCACUUUUGAGGAUGAGAAGAAAGCCAAAAUGGGAGUCGUCGAGUGUGUUAAUCACAGGUUGAUCGAACCCUUCCAGGUGUUAUAUGAAAAACCGACUGAGCAUGUAGCACAAUUCAAGUUCACAGUGCUUCUCAUGCCCAACGGACCACACAAAAUUACAGGAAUUCCUUUUGAUCUUGAGAUUUUCCAUUCCGAUUGUCUUGUCGAGGACCCUGAGCUUAAGUCUCUACUGAACUCUUCGGCAAAUCCCAAGUCUGCAAAAAAGAAAAAAAAGAAGGCCGAGAAGGCAGUCGGCGAAGUGGCUAUGGAGUUGGAUGUCCAGGCUUAACAUCUGUUUUAUUUUCAUUCAUGACUUACUGGCAUCAUGCACCUUCCCAUCUUUUAUUUGAAGCAAAAAUAAAACGAACGAUUACUGCCAAAAGUAAAACUGGACACUGUUUAGGAAUGAAUUGAAUAUUAACUGUAAAAAGCGAAAUUUCCGUUAUAACCUUUAUACCACAGGAUGUGAUCACUGCCUGCGUAAAACAAAUUUAUCAUAGAUCAGCCACAGUGCAAUGGUGAGUUUUUUUUUGCUUCGUUGACCAUAACGGCGAACUACAUACUGUCAGAAUUAGUCUGUAGAUCGCGGAGGUAUUCGUCUAUGAUGAAUUUCAUAUUGUUACGAAAGCGUAUUACUGUAUUUCAUUUCACACGCACGAACACUCAUAGUCUUGUUCAUCAGAAUUUUUCUUUGAUUUUAUACCAAGAACUCUGAGUUAAACAUGGUGUUUUCUUUACAUGAUUCACGUUGGACGCUUCACUCGUAAUUUCAGUCGAAUAACACGUAAACAUGUCGGCUGCGACACCAGUAUUUAGUACAUCCUUCAUCCCAAUCAGUUGAACAUAUUGCCAGCUUAUACAGUAAUCUAGGAAUAGAAGUCUAUAACAUUGGAAUACCGAUUACCGAUCGAGAGGUUGAAGGUUUAUUAACUCGUUGCUGCUAAUGUAAACGAGUAUUCAAGCCAUGUUUUUCAUACAGCUGUGAAAACUAUAUUAUGGUAAAUUUAUAUCCUGCAAAAAAUUCCCAGAAUCAUAUACCAAUACGUUCUGACGAGUUGCAAAACCUGAUGCGUUGAGGGGAGUUGAUUUCGAAUUUGGUUGUAAACUAGACUCCCUAAACUCACUACCAUUUGUCGGUAUUACGGGAGGGGAAUCAAUCGCCCUGGAAAGCUGUUUUUUGGGGGCAUCUGAAUUAACAUUGAAGAAUUUAUGAAAUAUUAACAUUAUCUAAUGACUAAUAGUUUUAUAUAAGGAUGAUAGAUAAUGUGUCUAUGUUAUAGAUAUUUUUUCUACUCGAAUUAUGAAUAUGGAUUGUCGGAGUGUACUUGUGAAACAAAGGUACCCUACGGUGACGUGCUCUGUCUUUCCACAGCUUAAGAUUCUUCUUAACACAAACUAUGUUGUUGCAGGUCAUAAAUUUUGUGACUUGUUGAAAUACAAUUUUACAUCUUUACAUGGUGAAAUUCACGACUGAUUUUAAUUUUGAACAUAUUUGUUUAUCCGGUAUUUCUUAAAGAAUGCGUUUGCCCUAAGUAGUAAGGAUGCUCCACUGCAUGUAUUUUGAAGUUGGAAAAUACCUGUGCCAAGCAAAUAGAAUGAAACGACAUGACUACUGCA